AGGAUCAUUAGUUUACAGAUGGUGUCUUACUUAUUCUAUUUAAUGGAUCUUAUUGAUGGCUAUUUUGUAGCAUUUCAUGCAUAUUAUCCAACACCAACAACAGAAGAAUUGUGUACAUCAAAUGUUAAACUAGCCUUUGAACUUAUUCAAGCAGCUGGUAUGGUUGAACCUCCAGCAAAACUUGAAGAAAUUGUUGCAGGCGAUAGCAGUGCUGUAUUACGCGUGUUGUAUGGCAUCUAUUCAUAUUGUGCACAUAUGGAGGAUGAACAACGUCGGUAUGAAAUAAAUAAUAUUCGGGAACAAGGUGAGAUGGAUGAAUAUUACGGUAAUAACCAGAAACCUUCUGUACAACAUGGUCUAAUUAAUUUAUCGUGAAGUAUAUGUAACUGUGAUAAUAUGUCUCUGCUGUUUUCUGUGAUGUUAACAUUUUAAAAAUUACUGUGGAAUAAAAUGCGUUACCACUGGAGUGAUUUACUUUUAAUAAAUAACAGAUUAUCGUUUGAUGUUCUUUAGUUACUUUAUUUUUAGAAACAAUAAAAUGAAUUUGUAUGUAAGUACUCCAUUAUAUUAUUUCUCUCUCUCUCUCUCUCUCUCUCUCUCUCACACACACACACUCCUUUGCGAAUCUACGCUCUGCAGUCUGACAUUUUUUACACUAAUAAACGUUCUGAUGUCAGUUUUGUAGUUAUCUACAUUAUUUUUUUGCGGUUAAUUGUUUUACUUUCCUAAAUAUUGAUGUCAGUUUCAAUUUCUAGAUACGAUAAUAAAAGCAAUAACUUUGAAAAGAUUCAUUUAUGAUUAUGUUCCUUUUGGUUAACUGAUAGUGUAGUUUAUUAUUUUCUCCGCGCUAUGUAGUUUUAUUGUAUAUUGUAUAAGUUUUCUGCGCCCGUGAGUUUUAUCUCACUGAAUGUAUUCAUUACUACCAAAUAGAAUGGGGUUUUGUUUUUCUA